CUCGUCGAAGAUGCUUUCUCCUCCCUGCGAGACACACGUUGCACAGUCCACCGUGAUGAUGCGGCCAAGGUGUUGUUCCUGCGCAGAGACUUCCGGGUGGUCGGCUAUUUGCGGCCAAAGGCAAAGCUAGAAGGGGCGAGGGGCAUUUUCUUGACAAAGACUGGAACUGCAAGGCGUGACCGAAAACGCGCCUGGGGACACUUUUUGAUGGGCAGUGAGUAGGAUCGGGCAUCUCAUAUAUUCUCUCGACAUCUUCACUUUUUCCUUCUCUCACUCCUCUUGACAUACACCAUCACCAUAGACGAUACAGCAUGUCGCACCUCAACUCGAAGACCCCACGGAACCCGCCCGCCGUGAUGGACACCAUUCUCGAGAACAUCGGCCACACGCCACUUGUCCGUUUGAACAAAGUUCCUCAGUCGAUCGGCAUUAAGUGUGCGGUCUACGCAAAAUGCGAAUUCUUCAACGCAGGCGGGAGUGUCAAAGACCGCAUCGCCUUGCGUAUGGUCGAAGCGGCAGAGAAGGAAGGCCGUUUGAAGCCAGGAUACAGCGUACUGAUCGAGCCCACGAGCGGUAACACUGGCAUCGGUCUUGCCUUGGUGGGCGCUGUCAAGGGCUACAGGACCAUCAUCACUUUGCCAGAGAAGAUGAGCAGCGAGAAGGUCAGUGUGCUCAAGGCUCUUGGAGCAGAGAUCAUCAGAACACCAACAAGCGCGGCAUGGGAUAGCCCGGAAAGCCACAUCGGUGUUGCGAAAAAGCUGGAGAAGGAAAUUCCAGGCGGUGUUAUUCUGGAUCAGUACAGCAACCCAAACAACCCGCUGGCACACGAGUUCGGCACCGCGGCAGAGAUCGUCGAGCAAACGAACGCGCUUUCCUCGAGCUUGAAGGCAGUCAUUGCGGGUGCGGGCACCGGCGGUACGAUCACAGGCAUCUCUCGAGGUAUCCGCAAGGCACAUGGAGAUAAGGUCAAGAUUGUGGCAGCAGACCCGAAGGGUUCGAUCCUCGCGGUGCCAGCGCAGUUGAACGAUGAGGGCAAGGACAAGCCAUACAAGGUGGAGGGCAUUGGCUACGACUUCAUUCCAGAAGUGCUUGCCCAGCAAGAGGUGGACGUGUGGUACAAGACAGAUGAUCGCGAUUCCUUCUACUGGGCGCGCAGACUCAUUCGCGAGGAAGGUCUGCUCGUUGGUGGCAGCUCAGGAUCUGCCAUGUCUGCAUGCAUGAAGGCCAUCAAGGAAAUGAACUUGGGCCCGGAAGACUCCGUGGUUGUCAUUCUGCCUGAUAGCAUUCGCAGCUACUUGAGCAAGUUCGUGGACGAUGACUGGCUCGCGGCGAACGACCUACUGCCACCUUCUGAGCCUCUUACCGCACCUCCGACGCCGCCUACGCCAGCUGCUGAGCCAGUCAGCGAGAACGACGGCAAGCCGGAGUCUCUGCCUAUUCUCACAACAACAGAAACGAAGGACCAGUCCAAGGAUGCCAAGAUUCGCGACCUUCGCCUUAAGCCAAUUCAGACUAUCGCUGUCAACCAGACUGUCGACGAUGCAGUCGAGCUCAUGCGAGACAAGGGCUACGACCAGAUUCCUGUCACAGCUGCCUCUGGCAAGCGUCUAGUGGGCAUGGUCACUCUCGGAAACUGCCUCUCGUACCUCUCAUCCGGCCGCGUUACUAUUGCAAGCCCGAUCUCCGACGUCAUGUUCAACUUCAGCCAGAUCGAUGAAGUGAAGCCAAUCGAGAAGAAUCCAGACAGCGCAGAGGGUGACGAGAGCAAGCGUGAAUUUGUCGAGAUCACGAUGAAUACCCCGUUGACAUACCUCGAGCGAUUCUUCGUUUGGAAUGCCGCUGCUAUUGUGACGGAGCGGGAUACCGAUAACUCGCUCAAAGCAGUCGCUGUCGCUACGAAGGUGGAUCUCUUGCUUUGGCUUGUGAGGCAAGGUAGACAGCAAAAGAAUGCGGCUUAGAAAGCCUUCGUCAAUUGGUUAUCUGUUGUUUGAGCGAUGGUGUUGGUGGAUACGAUACGGUCAUUGUGUAGAUCUUGAUAGAUGAAGUAAGCACUCUCUGUCUUUUCUUACACUGCCCACGGUCUGCUCCUUUACACUUGACAACACGAAUUGAAGCACUGGCGAUAGAGUCCUCCGGAACUUAGGAGGUAAAAUGUCAUUUCUCCGCAGAAUUGAGGGCGUGCCGCGGCAACUUUUUGAAUAUCUGGAACCAUUGCCCGAUGUCGAAAAGAGGAGGGCAUAGCUGACAGAAUUCAAUCUCUGCUUUAUCAUACAUCUACACUGGUUCAAGAAAGAGACAUCGGGAAGCAUCGUGGCCGACAUUGAAGCAGAAACAUGCGCUGGCAGAACAAGGACUCUCCAGAUUGUCAUAUUUGAGCCAUCAGGGGCGUUUGGAGCAAUGAGAGCAUCGUGGGAAGCCAUAUGGCGGAGAGAUGAGCGGCAAAAAUAUAGUCUCUCCGCAUUACUUUAUACGUGGCACAGCUGAUGAGUUCGAAAUCUGCGAGCAUUAUACAACAUGUUGAUGCAGAGACAGAAGCUAGAAUCAAAUCGACUCUGGAAUUCCGUAGACUGGCUAUGACAAGUAAGUAACAGAUCUGUGGGC